GCGUAAUAGGUGCGAGAGCCUGUCAACCUACCUCAGCUGUCAGCACUAGCUAGCUGAAGUCAGCUAGUAAUGACUUUAACUCUACCUCAGUAACAUUUUAGCAGGCUACGUGUUAGUCAGUAGUAAGUUAACAGCGGAAGACAAUGGGAAUAGCGCAGAGUUCGUUUUUGUCGGACGGAGGAGCCAACAGUGGAUACCAUGUUCACGGGGUUCAAGACAUCUCACCCGCUCAGAAGGCUGGUUUGGAGCCCUUCUUUGACUUCAUUCUCUCAAUAGGAAACACUCGACUUAAUAAGGAGAGUGACUUGCUGAAAGACCUCCUAAAAGCCAAUGUGGAGAAACCAGUCAAACUCGAAGUGUUCAACACCAAAACCCAGCGGGUGAGGGAGCUGGAGGUCAUACCCAGUAACAUGUGGGGAGGUCAGGGCCUGCUGGGUGCUAGUGUCCGCUUCUGCAGCUUCGAAGGAGCUAAUGAGAAUGUCUGGCAUGUCUUGGAUGUAGAAGCACAUUCACCUGCAGCAUUAGCAGGCCUGCAGGCAUACCAUGAUUUCAUUGUGGGAGCUGACCAGGUGUUGCAAGAUUCGGAGGAUUUCUUCUCCUUGAUUGAAGCCAAUGAGGGGAAACCUCUGAAGCUCCUGGUGUACAACACACAGAGUGACCAAUGCAGAGAGGUAGUUGUGACCCCAAAUGGCGCCUGGGGAGGAGAGGGAAGUUUAGGCUGUGGUAUUGGAUACGGCUACUUGCACAGGAUCCCAACUCGUCCACUUCGGCCAAAGAUGGAGAGUGAAAACACUCCUCAGUCCACUGUGACUCAAUAUGGCAAUAGUGAAGAACUGCCUUCAAGUGAGGUGCCUUCAGUGGCUGAAUCUAGUCCCUCUGGAAUGAGUGAAAUGGCUCUGAAUCAAGUAGAGCAAGCUGUACAAGACCUGUGUCUAACCUCACAUACACAGACUGUUACAAAUCGAGUUAUCCACAACAUAUCUGAGGCAGCAACUCCAGACCUGUCAGAGAUUGCCUCCGCCUCUGACAUGGACAACUGCUCCAUGUUUGUUAAUCAUGGAGAUAACUCGUGUGAUCAGUUCAGCUCGGAUAUUUCAUCUUAUGGCCAAGGAGUGCCUUCGUCACCGGAGAAGGAGGAAGAAUCUGGUGUACAGGAAACUGAGGAUGAGCACCUAAUAGACCUGAUCACCAGUUCUGUUCCCAGCAGCGAAGGUGAAGUUGAUGUUGUUGGCCCUGAUGUCGCUAAAGAAAACCUGGGUGACAGUAGCAUCCCCGACAUGCCAGGUGUGGAUCUUAAACCCCCAAGCUCAGGCCACAUGGCAGAUGAGAUGUCAGAGACAGCAACAUUGAACGAAUAAGAGCACUGCUGUAUAAAUGUAGGAGUAAUUGUCCUAAGUCAGAAACACUGCUGGUUGAAGCUGGCCUGCAUUAGAGGAGAGGUAGAGUUACAGUAUACCGCAGAGAGCUUCCAACUCUUUAAGUUGCGUCACUGGCAUUCUAUUUGAUAUCCUAGAGUUUUAUUUAUAUAUACCAGUGCUGCAUGCGAAAUUGCACAUCUCAGUAAACCAUUUUGUUGAGUAGUGAGUGGUAGUCAGACGAUUAGUACGGUGCGAAUGUACUUUCCUGAUGCAUACACUGUUUCCAUAUCAAACAGGAGUAAGCCUGUUGCCUUCAUAUUUUGAGCCUUAGUUGCCGUUAAAAUCCCAUUUCGUCUAAGCUUGCACCAAAAAAGCCAAAGCUGCUUAAUAAGAGAAUUUGUUACUCUUAGACCAUCAUAAUCACCAUCACAUUGUUGGAAGAAGAGAAUGUCCAAUACCCACCAUGUUAUUUACAUUUUUUAAAUAUAUUUUGUAAUGCAGGGUUUUUUAUGUUUAUUGUGGGAUUUUUCUUUCCAAUCAGAGGACAUAAUGUUGGACAAAGUGGUUUUUCUCUGUUGGCAAGAGCAAGCACUAUGUAACACAGUAGCCAUAUCUCUUGUGAAGUUGCCCAGAGCCUAUAUGUGUAAAUUAUUUUAGAAAAUAAUUAUUUAUGAGACCAGCUGGCUUCCUGUGUUCAUAUAGAUUUGACCUUAAAUACUAAAUUAGUACUGCUAUCGUUGGAAAAUUUAUUUACACUGGCUCUGUUAUCUUACUUGCUUGUGCAAGCCUCAGCCUACUGUAUAUAUUGCACUAUAAAGGGAAAAUCCCCUCCAAAACAGAAUUCACUUUUCCUGUUCCUGUCACCCUCAGAAGAUGUGAGCAAAUUUCUCUCUACACAGCUAUAAUUUUGUCAUCCACAUUGUACCUAGGCCUUUGUCAUCAGAAGGUUAUCAAUUCAAAUUUCUCAUGAAAAUGUACAUGUGAAUGCGAACCAGGGCAUUUUAAAAGAGAGUAAGCAUUCUCAGAUGGCUCUCUCUAGGUAACUAAAAGAUUAAAAUGAGUGAAGUGUAAAGGAUCACAGGGAUGAUGUGAAUUUUGCUUUGAUGUGGAUUGUCCCUCUAAUACUUCUCAGUGAUUUGCCAGCGGGUUGAAUUUGAGAUGCGUUCACAUUGAGCUACACUGAAUGUUUGAUCUCAGGCGUUUACCUUUCACAGAUCACCAUUUAAGCCUUUAUUUCUCAGCUACAUGUCCUUGCCUUAUGUCUCAUUGGUGUAGCACCCCUUUUGAUUAUCUUUCUUUCUGCAAAAAGAAUUUACUUUUUGAUCGGUAAAGUAGGCGACACAUGAACGCUGAUUAUUUUGUUUACACCAUGUUUGACUGUAUUUCCUGUCUGCAUCUUUUCAGAGAUUUUAAUCAAAUUAUGUACCUGAUUCUUUAUGAAUGAAAAAAUAUUCAUUCAAAAUGUAUCUUUAUGUUUGUUAUUUUAGUGAAGCUAAUCGGGAUAAACAUCCGUAAUAUAUACUACUUGAUUCUAUUUUUUAUCUUUUUUUUUUCUUUCUUUUUUUUUUGCAAUUCAAAGUUGUAAUGUUUUCUGUAUUUUAUCCCCUGAAGGAGACAUGGUAAUAAUUAAUCGUAUGGAGAUUGCACAGAUGCCAGUUUUGAUUUGAAAAUACAGCUGCAAUAAAUGUUUUCUGUUGAUGUCAA